AUGGACGUAGUCAAUAUUGAUGUACUGGUGGUAAAUGAUGUAGUAGAAGUGGUCGUCAAAGUGGUGGAAAUGACUACGGUAACGGAAGUUGAAGUCAGGCUAGUAGAUACCCUGGAAGAGGGCGUCUGUGUGAUGAAAUUUAAGCUUAUCGAUGUCGUCGUGGUGGACGUGACCUUGGUGCUUGCAGUUGGCGUGCUGGUCGUUUUGCUACUGAACAAGUUGCUCAUCGAGCGGGUGGUUGAGCUGCUUGUUGCCGGGGUUGAUGUCACAGUACUGCUUGCCAAGCGAGUUGCCGAACUGGUCGUAGAGCUCUCCGUGGAACUGGUCAAUACAAAACUACUUGCGCUUGGCGCUGAAACCACUAUGCUCGUGGAUGAAGUAUUUUCUCUGCUGAAUGAUGAACUGAAUGGUGGGCUGGUAUUUACAGGUGUCGUUGAACUCGCCGAAUCGAAGUUUUUCGUUGAAGGCACCUCAAUCGCUGAACUCGAGCUCGGAAGUGUACUCAACGAUGCCCUCAAUGUGCUGAUGGGCGAGGAGAGGAUAGUCGAGGUACCAGAAAGAGAGAUUGCAGCUGCCUCCGAAGAGAAGCUCGCAAUUUGGCUGCUGGACAAAAUUGAACUGAAUGUCGCAUCUUCUGAUGAGAGCGGCUCCACGGAAGAGCUCAGAACUAGAAUUGUUGAGGUACUGGGUUGGGUGAAGGAACCCAGACUUGUUGCGCUUGUUGUUAUCAGCCCAGUGACGGAUGUCGAGCUGCUUAUUACCGCUGAGGAUGCCUGCAUAAGCGAUGUCGAGAGCAGAGUGGAAUAUGCGCUAACAGAUGCCUGCUCAGAAGACAUGGAACUUGAGACGUCGGAUGUGACACUGGGAGAGCUUGAAAUAUCUAGAGCAGAUGUUGUCGACAGCAAAGAUAACUGUGCCUGCGAAGACGUGACUACUACGAGGGAAGACUUGUUCUCCAGUGUCGAAGACGACUGCAUGCUCGCAGAGGCUGUUGUGGAUGACACUGCGUCGGUAGUUAUAGAUACUUCGGUAGAAGACCUAUCGUACUGA